CGUGGAAGUUGUUGUAGGAGGCCGCAAAUGUGGUGCCUUCGAGACAUCGGCUCCACGCGGAAUUACAUAAGUCGUGACUGUUUGGAAAGGUUGCGCCUAGAGGACCGGGUACAGCACCUUAGUAGACUUGAAACAUCUACUUUGGCCAACAAGGAGCGCAUGGUAGUGUCAGACUAUGUCAAGGAUGUAGUGUGCACCUUCUCCUAUGGAGGAGGGGAACUUAAUCACAAGAUUUCGUUCCUGGUUAGUGACGACUUACCGUUCGAUAUGCUGUUAGGAAUGUACUACCUUGAGGCUGCCAAGCCCCUGUUUGACUGGGACAAGAAGGUGCUCAAGCAUGAGUUACCUGAUGGGAGGACCGUGAGACUGGCCAAGUACAAGGCUAGUAGGUUGUUAGACUCCUACGGGUGCUUGAGUGCAUCAGCGUUUUACAACUACUAUAAACAGAAGCGAGAGGAGGGUAUGUACCUCGUCUAUGUCUCUGAGAAAGGGGAGGCCAUUAAAACACCCCCGGAGAUAGAGAACGUCGUUACUAAGUUCCCUAAUCUGUUCGAGGAGCCCACAGGAGUCGUAGACAGGGAGAUUGUCCACGCCAUAGAAAUAAUUCCAGGGAGUAAAACCCCAAAGGGAAGGAUCUAUAGGAUGGCUCCGGCCGAGUUGGACGAACUCCGGCGACAACUGAAAGAGCUGACAGAAAAGGGUUGGAUACGGCCUAGUACUUCCCCCUUCGGAUCUCCAGUGCUGUUUGUAUCGAAGAAGGGGGGGUCAUUGAGGAUGUGCAUUGAUUACAAAGGCCUCAAUGCCAUCACUGUGAAGAACGUUGAGCCUCUACCUCGCAUAAACGACCUAUUGGAUAGGGUGCAGGGAUGUAAGUACUAUAGCAAGAUAGACUUAAAAUCCAGCUACCAUCAGAUUGCCAUAAGACCUGAGGAUCAACACAAAACUGCGUUUCAAACCAGAUACGGUCUGUACGAGUUUGUGGUGAUGCCCUUUGGCCUUUGCAAUGCGCCGGGUACAUUCCAGCACGCCAUGAAUAGGAUCUUCCAUGACUACUUAGAUAAGUUUGUCGUCGUGUACCUUGACCAUAUUCUUAUCUUUAGUAAGUCUGUCGAGGAGCAUGCACAACACUUAGAAACUGUACUGUCACUCCUGCGACAACACAAGUAUAAGGUCAACCUAGAGAAAUACUGGAGUGAUGAGUGCGAGGCCGCUUUCAAACGAUUGAAGCAUGCACUCAUGAAUCAUGAGGUUAUCAUGGUGCCCGAUCCUCAGAAGCCUUUCAUUGUGACCACUGACGCAAGCCAAUAUGGCAUUGGCACAGUGCUGGCUCAGCAGGAUGGGAAGAAGUUGAGACCGAUUGAGUAUAUGAGAAAGAAAAUGCCAUCAAAGAAACUGGCAAAAUCCACCUACGAAAGGGAACUAUAUGCCCUCUACAAGGCACUCGUCCAUUGGAGGCACUUUCUGUUGGGGCGGUUUCUCUACUCGAGAACUGACCGUCAAACCCUCAAAUGGAUCAAGACUCAACCGACUCUUUCUGAUGCACUCAAACGCUGGAUUGAGGUAAUAGAUCAGUAUGACUUCAAACUGGAGUAUCUGAAGGGAGAGUACAAUAAGGUUGCAGAUGCGCUGUCACAUAGGGCAGACCACCUAGGGGCACUAGUUUCCGAAUUUGGCGUAUCUGAAGAAGUAACUCAAUCGUUGGUGGGACCCUAUCAGGAAGACCCUAUCACGAUGGACAUCAUACGCAAACUACAGGCAAAAGAUAAGGCCACAGAAGAUGAGUUUGUGAUGGUGGACGGGUUACUCUUUCUUGAUAAGGCCGGGUUUAAAAGAUUAGUUAUUCCAUCUAGUGAACGUUUGCGUAGUUUAUUUUUAGGGGAAUGUCAUUACGCAAUAGGACACUUUGGCUACAAGAAGACAAGCGUUAAUCUGAUACAACGAUUCUGGUGGCCCGGUAUGCUAGAUGAUGCAAAGAAAUAUGUGGAGACCUGUCAGGUCUGUCAGCGGGACAAGCCGCGAACUCAAGCACCACUUGGGUUGCUGAAGCCCUUACCUAUCCCCGCUGGUCCGGGACAGAGUGUUUCCAUGGAUUUCAUGGACAUAUUGGUAACCAACAGAAGUGGCAAGAGGCACAUCUUUGUCAUCAUAGACCGAUUCACCAAGUAUGCUAGACUAAUUGCCAUGCCAGAGACGGCGAGAACUGAACACGUCAUCAAGUUGUUUAUGGACAACCGGGUGCGUGAUUUUAGACUGCCAAAGUCAAUCGUUAGUGACAGAGAUGUCCGCUUUACAAGUGAGUUGUGGAAGAAGACUGCUGAGCAAUUGGGCUGUCAACUUCAGAUGACCUCCGGGAAUCAUCCCGAAGCCAACGGGCAGGCCGAGCAGAUGAGCAGAGUUGUACAACACCUGCUAAGGCAUUACAUCAAGCCCAACCAGGAUGAUUGGGAUGAGAAAUUGCCUCUCAUCGCCAGCCUGUACAACAACGUUGUGCACAGCAGUACCAGCGUCAGUCCUAAUCAGCUGCACUUGGGAUGGAAGCCAACAUCAGCUCUGGACUUCCUCCUACCUGAAAACCGACCUGCUGCAACCCCUGGUUCAAUAGAAUAUGGGGUGCAGUAUGAGAAACUGCUGCAGCAAGUUGUCGAGCACAUUAAGAAGUCUCAGGAAGCAAUGACUGCCUCUGAGAACAAACACCGUCGACAGUCCACAUUUCAGGUAGGGGAACGUGUCUGGGUGAAGGCUAGUGAGCUAGGAUAGGAAUUCGCCAUCUCUAGAAAACUAAUGCCACUGUACUUCG